CUACUGUCAAGAGUUUGGAAUGGACCACAAAAUGUUCUUACAGGGAAACAAGCAGAAGAAAAGAUGACAACUUUAUUGAGAAAUAAAUUUCCUAAAGCUGAACUUAUUGAAGUCUGUGAUGUAUCAGGUGGUUGUGGUGCGAUGUUUGAAAUAAAUGUAAUAGCACCUGAGUUUAAAGGCCUAAACACAGUUAAACAACAUAGAAUCAUUAAUGAAGUACUAAAAGAGGAAAUUAAAGAUAUGCAUGGUAUAAGAAUCCAUACAGCUAUUCCAGACUCAUAGUUCUCCCGCCAACUUGAAGAUGUCGCUAUUUAAAGUCAUGUGACCUGUCAGGUGGGUUUUUUUGUACAUCAGUCGGCGGUUAAAUCGUACAGCGAAUGCAAGACUGAUUUUUGGUUAUAAUUAUACAUUAUAAAUUAUUAUGAAUAAAAUCUGCGGUUCAACGUUUCAUUCAAAGCUUCAAGAGCUUUUGCCUAGUCUGCCCAGUAGUAUUACGCCAGAAGUCCUUGAAAAACUUUGCAAAGAUGAUGCCAUUCAACCAUUUCUGAAAUGGUUUUAUGCAAAUAUCACUUCUGACAAUGUUUUGACAGACGGAUGUAUACAACUAAAAAAACACAUAGAAAAAAACGAUACUUGGCUUCACGGCAGAGAAUUAGAAUUAGCACUUGCAGAAGCCACGCAUGAAUGUCCAGAGUUAUUAAAGUUAGUUGAAUCGGACUAUUGGAGUAACAAUCAGUUAGUCACAGACCUUGCCAAUGAAAAAGAACUGUAUGACCCCGAUUUGGAAUAUUUGAAGAGUAUUGAAGAAAGUAUUCAAAAUUUAAAAGACUGUGAAGAGCAGUUAGAUAAUAAACUUGAUAAAGAAGCAGAACUAUUAAAAAAGGAAGAAAUUAAAGUAAAAUUACUUUAUGAUAGUUGUUCAUCAGUUUUGGAAGAUUUUGAUAAUUGUCAUCGGCAAUUCUUCAAAGCCAUAGAACUUUUAGCAAGCACAUAUAUCAAUGCUGUACAGAAGAAAGGAGAGUCCUGUUUAUGGACGCAAAUGCCAAUAGAACUUUACAUCAAGCAAUUAGAAACAUAUAAUGAUUAUUUGAAUUCUUAUGCGAAAAGACAAUUUUCAAUGUCACAAAAGGAUGGUAAUGAAGAUUUAGCAGCUCAUACAAGUUUCUUGAGUGAUAGCAACGAGAAUGAGAAAUUGGGUGAAUUGAUCUCUUGUCAAAAAAACUUAUUCACAUCAAAAAUGCAUGAGAUAAUUGCUAAAGCAGAAGAUGAGGCGAGUAAGAGUUUGAUGAAUUAUGUGAUUGAAAUCUAUAAUAGUGGCAAUUUGAAGGCUCCAAGAACACCUGUUUUGACUAGAGCAGAAGUAGCAGAAUUAACAAAAAGUCGAGAUUUUCUGGAAGAAAAUGUCAAUCUCUUACAAGAACGUCCGUUAGUAGAUCUCAUAGAACAGUUUUCAAAAUCAAAAAUUGUUAAAGUAUUGGAAGAAGAAGCAGAAUCUAGAUUGCAGAGAAGAAGAAGCCGACUUUUAAGAUUAGAAAGACUUUGUACCCUUGCAAAAGAACAUGGACAUGCAUUUUCGACAUUAUUGUGCAUGUUGUUCGAAUUGCAAAUCCAUAGAAUUAAUGAAAUUGUACAGUUUGUUAUAGACGCGCGUCAUUAUCUUUCUAUGGAAUUCUCCUUAUCGUCUACACGAAACGACAGUAUACAGAAGUUGCAGAACGAGUAUUCUUCAAUUUUGGCAUCCUCCAAAGAUCAAAAUGCAUUUUGUCGAACGUUCAUAGAAAUGACAGAACUAGAGGAAUCAAAUGAUAAUUUUCAAUCUUCCGUUUGGUAUUAUGAUGAAUUAAAAGAUGAUAAUAGUAUUAAAUUAAAAACGCUACUAGAUGAUAAGUUAGCGGAUGUUAUAGAGAGUUCAAAGAAAUUAGAAGCAAAAGUGAUGGACUUGUAUAAUUCAGAAAUUACCAGUGGUCCAACACUCAGUUUCAAAGCUGUACCUUGCAAUGUUCAAGAUGAAAUAGACAAGACAGUCAAACAAAUAGAAGGCAUAGAAACAAACGUUGAAUCGAUUAGAAAUAAGUUAAGAAACAUGAUUAAGGAAACUAGUAGUUCAAGCUUUGAACGAGAAAAACUGCUGAUGUGGCAAAAGUUUUUAGCAAAUCCUGAGUCCUUAAAGGAUAGGUGCAAGGAGCUGGAAGAUCUGAGGGACCGUACAACGUUUUAAUUUGUGAUACUAAUUAGUUAUAAGAUUUGUCUUUGUAAAAAAGAAAAGUCUACAUUAAAAGAUUUUUAUACCGUAA